AUGUCGAGUCCACCUGUUAGGAAAUGGUACCAUUGGUACUCGCCGACUGAUUCUCCGGAGGAAAGAAAACUCAUUUUGAAACUUGAUCUACUACUUGUUCCUUAUGCUUUUGCUAUCUAUUGGGUGAAAUAUGUCGACCAGACAAACAUCAACAAUGCCUACGUCUCUGGCAUGGCCGAAGAACUGGGCUUCACUGGAAACCAGCUAGUUCAGUUUCAGACAAUCUUUGUCGUCGGCAACGUCGUCGGCCUUCUUCCCUUCAUCUACCUCUUUCCCCGCGUCCCCAUGCACUAUCUAGUCCCCAGUCUUGACCUCGGCUGGGGAAUUUUUACUCUGUUGCAAUAUCGAGCACAUAGCUACGCAGAGAUCAUGGCAUAUCGCUUCAUGGUAUCCAUCUUUGAGGCUUCAUACUUCCCCGGUGUUCACUUUGUGCUGGGCUCUUGGUAUCGAAGUGAUGAGAUUGGUCGACGAGGAGGCACCUUCUAUAUCGGUCUUACGCUUGGUACCAUGACUGCUAGUCUUCUUCAAGGAGCUGCGACUCAAUAUCUCGAUGGCGUCAAUGGUCUUCCAGGUUGGCGCUGGGCGUUCAUCAUCAACGCAAUCAUCACGCUCCCUCUGGCAUUCGUGGGCUACUUUAUCUGGCCCGGAACACCAGACAAACCCAAUCGUCUCGUCAUGAAAAAGUCUGAAAUCGCCCUCGCCAAGGAGAGACUGGAACGAGCAGGCUCUAAAGUCCAAAGCACACCAUUUUCCUGGACUUUGCUCCGUUGUAUCUUUACAAGCUGGCAGUUCUACCUCUUGGUUAUCUGGGACAUCUUCUUCUUCAACACCAGCGCCAACAGUGCUGCGUUUCUACUCUGGAUCAAGAGUCUCAACCGGUACAGCACGACGAGACUCAACCAACUGGGAGCCAUCAGUCCUGGUCUCGGCAUCUUUUUCGUGCUGUUCAUCAACUUUAGCGCCGAUCUCUGGAUUGGAAGACCAGCAGCUAUCACGUUGGCUUCAGCCAUCAACUUUACCGGACUCGUCAUCCUCGCAAUCUGGAAUGUUCCCGAGGCUGCAAAGUGGUUUGCCUUUAGCGUUGGAUACUCUGCUGUUGCGGUGUCUUCUGUGCUGUACGGAUGGGCGAAUACUAUCCUGAGACACAACAACGAGCAAAGAGCACUGACUCUAAUUCUAAUGACGGCGAUUGCUACUUCAACAAACGCAUGGAUCCCGCUGCUGGUGUAUCCUACGGUUGAGGCGCCUCGUUUCCCAAAGGGAUAUGUAUACUCGGCGGUUAUGGUUGUUGGUCUGGUCACUAUGACGCAGGUCAUUCGCAUCGUCUUUGGAAGUCAUGGGUAA